UCUGGUUAUGAUCAGAUUAUUGAGUGCAUGUUAGCACACUUAUUGAAAGAGGAGAGUCCCACACCAGCCAGAUGUCAUGUAUGUUUGUACUUACAUACAGUAUUAUUUAUACAAAGUAAAUUAAAAUGUUUGCAGUAAUACAUUGCAUGUAAAUUAUUACUCUUUAAUUGCUGAAUUACUCAGCAUUACUACUGAUACAAUUGACAGCAUAGCAGGUCUAAACUAAGAACUAUUUAAGAACUUUAUUUUUAAGAGUGUGCUUCAAGAAAUAUUCUUUUUCCUGGGCUAAAUAGCAGGUCCAAUAGUUAUCUCAUGUUGUGUAAUUAGAUGUAGAGCACUCUGUGUCCACAGGUCAUUAAGCUCCAAAAGGGAAUGUAUUGGCACUCAAAUUGCUUUUGUGAGCAUCCCUUAAAGAGAGGAAACCCACACCAGUAGGAUCUUACAAGUGUACAAAUGCACCUAAAAUUCAGUGUGUAGGUAGUAAAAUGAAAUGUUGCGCAUAAUUUCAAGGUCUGGUAAUCUGGUAUGCUGUUUGAUUAGACAGGGAGCAUUUUGCAUCUUAAAAAGGUAAUAAAUGAAGGGACCAUCAUUUUCUCAGAGCUAGAGAGCCUUCGGAUGAAGAGAGAUAGAGAAAGAGAGAUGGACAGAGUGCUAAUGUUGAGCUGUUAUGAGGCUCUACGACCAGGUGGGUGGGCAGAGGCUGACUGAGUAUGCAGCAGGAACUGAGGGUUUUGCAGCGAGACACACACGCAGAACGCUGCUCAACUUGCGUGCGCACACACACACACACACACACACUGACUUCAGGCAUCGUCUCAGCAUUGGCGGAUAGGGACGGCACACACAUUUCUCUGCAUGCUGCCUUUUCCCUGUUAUAUGAGUGGAGCUGCUUGGAAGUGUUCCUGCUGGCCUUAAAACAGCUGCACGCCUUUCUCAGGGGGACGCACUCGCUGGCCUGGACCAUGAGCAAUGAGUCUGCCGUCUGGAAAAACCUAACAGAAAGCCCCACAGAGCUCCCCCUGGAGCCCGGGGGGCAGGAUGGCUACGUCCUGCUGCUGGUCCUCUUGUCCAUCUUCCUUGGGGGGACGCUGGUCCUGCUGUCCGUCCUGCUGAUUGCCUGCCGCCGCUGCUGUGAGGGUGACCGGCGCUACACCCGGUUCAUUCUCUGCUUCAGAGCCAGUGAUGAUCCGGAGAAGACCACCGCCUCCUAUCUCGAGGAGUCUCAGCCUGUACAUGAAAUCACUAUCCGUGUGGAUGAGUCAGACUGUGUGUCAGCGGGCAGCUCCCACGACGCAGAGACCGAGCGCUUUCUGUCCACGGGGACCACGGGCCGCCGGGUCUCCUUCAACGAGGCUGCGCUCUUCGACCACAACAAGAAGACGCAGGAGAAAGGUCGAAGGUACACACUCACCGAGGGUGACUUUCAUCACCUGAAGAACGCCAGGCUCACCCACCUCCACCUCCCUCCCCCCGCCCUCAAGAUUGUCACCAUCCACGAGUGUGAGUCAUCGGAGAACAGCAUCGCCAUGACAACCCGCCCCGUCGCUAAAUCCAGCCUCUCCAUCUUCCAGCCUCCAAUCUGUCCACUGCCACAGACUGCCCUGGUCAGUCUGAGUAUUAGUCCCAGUUCAGCUCUGCCAGGGGACGCUCUCAACUCCACUGUGGAUACCAGCUUCUGUGAGAGCCCACCGGCUCCUGGCCCUCAGCCCCCAAGCCCUAGCCUGAUGGAAGUGAGAAGGCUCAGCCCGGUCAGCCGGCUGGAGGGAGCGUCCCUCUCAGCCACGGGCCUGUCCUCCUCUGGCGGUGCCCCUCAGGGUCCAGUGCUGCAGUUCUUCACCAAGCUGCGGCGCCACGCCAGCCUAGAGGGAGCCAGCCCAUACUUUAAAAUCAAAAGAUGGAAGUUUGACAGCAGCCAGAGAGCCUCCAGUCUGGACACCAGAGGAUCCCCCAAGCGAAGGCCAUUCCAGAGGCAGCGAGCAGCCAGCGAGAGCAUGGAUGAGGAGGAACACGGUGCCCACCACAUUGACCUUAUCCAGUACAUUGCGCGCACCAAGGACAUGGCCUACUGCCCGAGCAGGCCGGCGCCGCGCCUCCUUUCCCCCCCAUCCACACCCCCACCGUCCCUCGGCAGGUUAGAGGUGGAGGUGAUGGUGGAGCCAAGCUGCAGCAGAGCGAUGGGGCCUGGGGUGAUUGGCUUAAGUGCCGAGCCCCAAGAUGAGGCUCCUGGAAUGGGCUAUCGUCGGGAGAGUACAGAUACCCAGACCCUCUAUCGUGACAUCUGGACCCUGCGUGCGUCUCUGGAGCAGUACAUUUCCUCUGAUCAGAGCAGUAACAACGACAAAGACUCAGUGCACAGUGAUGCGGACAGUGUGUGUUCAGUAAGACUUAGGAUGGAGAGGGGUGGCCUGCCCAGAUACCCCUCUGAAGACACUGGGGAUGGGAUGGAGGGGGAGACAGAGUUGCCUGGGGAUGCUGGUUUAGAGAAACGAGGGAAGAGGGAUAGUGUGGAUUCGGAGAGGGGGAGCGAUGGAGAGUCAGGAACACGGAAGCUUCUGCAGAUGGAUAGUGGUUAUGCAUCUAUAGAAGCCCCGUCCCGUGGCCCUGAUGAGGUACGGCUGUUUCGGAGCAGCAGUGAGAGUAAGGACGGGUCGGCAGUGGAACGUCGACAUUUCUUCACCAGUUCAGGACACAGGGGAACUGUAUGUGAAAGCUUUGAGACGGACAUUUUUGAUGAAGAACUGGAAGAGGAACCUAUGGGAGCCAGCGGAGGUAGCGAUGGCUUGACAGAACUGGACGAGGGUGUUAUGGUUUGGUCACCGUAUGGCCAGAUGUUUACUCAGUCUGACACAACCCAGCCACGUGCCCCCGUUCUGUCUCGUCGGGACUACAGCAUAGAUGAGAAAACGGACGCGCUCUUCCAUGAGUUUCUGCGCCAUGAUCCCCAGUUUGACCAGCAGGAAUCGCCGGUGCGCUCCAAGCACCGUUCCCGUGUGCACCUGCGCAAGCAGUGGCAGCGCUCCAAGCAGUACAGUGACCCAGGCCAGCGCUUCCACUCCUCCUUUGACCGAUACCGCACUCCACUUCGCCGCGGAGAGACUGUCAACUACCCCCUGGAGAGUAGCUAUCACAGUACACUCCCCCGAAUUGUCAGCGCUCCGGAUGAGGAGAGCAGUGAGGGGGCAGCCAGCCUUCCUGAGACACCCAAGGCAGAUCAGAGCUCAGCAGCUGCCAGUGAGAAUGUUGCAGCUUUGAGGGACGACCACACAGGGGUCUCUUCCAGCACUGACACGAGUGGUGAUUUGAAGGGCAAGGUGGAAAUUGCAUCCUCAACAUCACUUCCCCUGUCUGAAAGCACUGUGGGACAACCAGAAGUCCCAGCAGAGGAAUCUGGGCAGAUGCGCCCACUGCUUGAUCCAGGUGAUGAACACCUGCCCCCACAGCUGACCGAAACAGGGUACGGCCCCCAGACCAUCACGACUGAGCUGAGUGAUAAGCUAGCCAUGAACCUUGAGGAGCGUCUGUACUCGGGCCUGCGCAGGACCAGGGAACAGCCAGAGUGCGCACUGACAGCCACUCAUGCCUCACCCGACCACAGCCCAGUGUAGCAUGUGGCUCCACUCAUCCCCACCAACUCUAUGCUUACAUCUACAGGGCUUCAGUGUCCAGGUUGGAUGGAUAUUACCCUUAAGUUCAGAGCACACUGACUCAACGUUCUCCAACAAACACCAACAAGCCAAAAUAUUAUGCCAUACUUUGGAUGAUUCUAGAACAGAAGUACUCAAUCCUGAUCCUGGAACUCUACCAGCCUGUAGAGUCCAGACCCAACACACCUAGCUCUAAUAUUCCAAUGCACCUGGGUUAGAUCAGGUAUAUUAGAUUAGGACUGAAGCUAAACUUUGCAGGGUGGUAGAUCUCUAGUUGUUUGGGAAUCCCUGCUCUAGAAUGUUAUUCUCUAUUCAUAGUUGUUCAUUUCUCUUGUCAGUUCAUGUAUUGGAACAGUAUCCUGCUGACUGCCAACAUAAGAAUGUUGGUGUUUGUUGGAGAAUGUUGGGUCAAUGUGCCAUGGCCUUUAAAUACUGAUUUGAGACCAGGUUGCUUGUCGCUUGAAGGUUAUAAUCAUGACAGGUCCCAGAUCAGCGUUUAUGGGAAAUUCUAUCCGAUUUCAUCUCCAAGGUUGAGUAAGUGGAGAUUAGGACCCUUACCUCACAUCUAACAUGACAUUUUUGAAUGGUAUUUCUAUUUGUUUGUAUUGCUUUAUUCAAGCUCCAUUUAGCUACGUGUUGAGCUCAAAAGCCAAUAUAUUCUCUGCACUAGGUACUCCACUGUGAAAUUGGGUGCUACUAGACUUCUGAUUAAUUAUAUGUUCUUCAGCAUUGAUUUGCCAUAUUACUGUAUAGUAUCUCAAUUUAAAUUCUUCCUCUUUUUGGACAGAAAUCUCUUGACCAAAAUUAAGUUUGUAUCAUUCAGUUCAGGCUACGCAUUCAUCUAAGUGCUUGCAUAUUUGUGUGUGUUUUUUUUUUAAUUAUGGCAAUGCUUUAUAUGCUUUAUCAUUCAAUCUUGUAGUUAGAGGAGCUGUCAGAACUUUUUCCUGUAGUUUUAUGAAAGUCAAUCUUAGUCUAUGGUACGAUGAGCACAAAUGAUGUAAGCGGAGAUCACACAUUAACGGGUAGCAAUGACUACAAACUGCGCACCAAAUGGUCGAGCGCCGCACUAAGGUUAUUUAUGAAAUAAGCUUCCCUUCGUUGAUGUCUUGAAUGUGAUAUAGAUGCAGUUCCUCCAUUGAUGCUCUCCUGACCUGGCUCUAGCUCAGAUACCUGUUUUGUCAAUCUAGCUGUAAAAUAAAGUAACUUCGGGUUAAUUUAACAUGACAAAAUGAGGUAUGUAUGUUGCACUACAAUGAUCCAUGUGUGACCUCUGCUGAGUAUGCACCUUCGUCACAGCUUCAGAAACCCCAGUAUUCUUCAGGAAGUGUCCUUGUCAUUUAAACAUGGUGUGGUUUGUCCUAAAACUGCUGAAAUAGGGGAAAACUGCCUUUUGUGGGAUCAGUGUUGUUCAUGACCAUGCUAUUUAUUUAUUAUCCUUUUAAUAUUCAGUGUUGAUGUACAUGUUUUUUUAAUGUUUAAUGUCUAAAAAUGAGAAUUGAUCUAGAGUUCAAGGUCAUAGACUGUUUGGUGCCAAAUAAGUCACGUAAGCUAAUCAACACAAUCAAAAAAUAAAAAUGUAUCAUUGUGGGAAACAUAUUCAUAACCUAGUUGGAGUGCACAAACACUGGCCUCUGUCAGGGUUUGAAUGAGGCCUCUGCUGUGUCCCCAGUGUCAUUUGUGUUCUAUUAGAUUUGAUGAGGGAGGCAUGCUGCUUCCUGCAUGCUUGUCACAGACCAACCGCUAUGUGUUCAUUAACAUUUGAUUUUUGUGUGAAUACAACAAAAGAGAAGUAUCCCCGGAGGGCAACAACUGCACAUCCGGCCUCUGGGAAAAAAAACCAAAAAAACAACAAAGGAGUCAUUUGUGAAGAGUCCCACGUACACACAUAACCCCAUGCGAGUGGAAGUUGCUACCAAUGCUAACAUUCAAGUCAACAGCAAUUAUCCAGUAGCCGGGAUUAAAGAUAGGAAUUCUUAUUCAGGGAUUCCUGGAGAGAGUAACUGCUGUUGGUAAAAGCCUUUUGUAGAUGUGUGCAGAGUAUGGGCCAGCUUCUUUGAUCAGGUUCAUGGACACAUGGACCUUCUCAGUUAGAGCAGAAUUCAGCUUUGUUUUGUCCUUUCCAAAUGUUCAGAACUCACGGGAGAGAGAAAGUAGAGAGAGAAGCCAUUAGGCCAUGUGGUAGCUAAGGGAGGUUAGGAAUUACAUAGACACAAAUGGAGCGUCAUAAGUGUGCUUUUAUGGCAUUUUUCCACCGGACAGUGUAGUGCAGCACAGUGUGGUUACUUUUUCGAACUAACUGUAUCUAGGUGAGGUUCUGUGGAGGUUAUGCUGUGAUCACUACUUCUAAUGCUAUUGUUAGAAUAUAUAAAUAUAUCCAUAAGUUGUUGAAAUUUGAGGUAAUUCAGAGUGAUCGGAUUUGAAAUAGGAAUGCAAACUUUCCGACUCAGUUUUCUUCACAGUGGUGGUGAUAGGAACAGGGGUCAUGGAGUCUACAACACAGACAUAGGCAUUUUAUUUACUAUCCAAAGGAACCAUUGAACCUGUAUGUGUCUUUUGUGGUUUUAGAAAUAAUGUUGAGAAUGAAAUAGAAAAAUAUGUUUUCUUUGGGGGCUAUUUUGUUUUACAACAGGCUUUUAAAAAAGUCGUUUUUAGGCCAAAUUUUUAUUGCAAACCUAUCGAAAAACAUCAGGAAGCAUAUCUGUAAUCUUUUUGUGAAAGGACUUUAUAUGAGGUAGCUUUUAGAGGCAUUAAACAAUUGAGACAUUUGGUUCCUAUCACCACCACUGUAAAGAGGAUUACUACACAGAUUACUACACUGAAUGACUUUACACUCUUAUUUAUCAAUUUAGUUAUGUACAAAUUUUGAAAGUCUGUGUAAUUCCUUCUAAUAAUGGGAUUGGUAAACACAGUGAAGAGUAGCAACAGUGGACAGGUUGCCUUUUACUCAGCAUUUGGCUUCAUGUAUAGCCACAAACAGUGAUUUGGGGUAAUGUUUUUUUUUGGCCAGGGUUACACUACACAACUUCUCAGUCUGGUGGAGUCUCAGCUACUUGGCUCUAGUCUGAAGAUUUUUGGCUGAGAGUCGACCAUAGUCUGUGAAGGGCGCAGACUCAGAUUUGUGGCCUCCCAAUCGUGUUUUAGACCACUUGGAGUUUGUCAAACAUGUUUUUUCAACUUGACUCUGAUUGGACUCCUGCACGAGCCAAUGAAAACUGAGAGCAUGAAAGAAGGCCCUCACUUAAACAUGUUUACCCACUGCUUACUGCGUCUGCGCGAACAGCAGUGAAAACGGACGCUUCAUGUUUGUUUAUUUGCGUCUCCUGGUAACAGGAGAGCGCGAGAGUUAAUGUGGUUUUUGCGUGAGCUCUUGCAAGUUCCGUUCAGUUCAGCAGCAGCUUAAAAGUUGUGUAGUUUUUGAUCCCUAAUCAUUUAGUGUGGGAAUAUUUUACUUGUCCAAAAAAAGCCAGUCGUAUAGUGCGAGAUGUCCAGUCUUCCUAUAACCUGUUAAGACCUAUAAUCGGUCGUAUCAUGAACCCAACUCUUUAGACUCGAGUCAGACUGAUUCUUUAAUGGUCGCAUUUGACCAAUCAGUGGUCUAGUGGUCACACAAGAUUACAGAUUUUUAACCAUACCAUGCCGUACUGGCCGCUGGAAAAGCACAAGUGAGAGAGAAAGAGAGAUGUUAGUAUAGAGAGGUAUAGAGAGCUUCAUGUUCCUCAGCUGCCAAUGUAUAGUGAUUGGGAUGAAUCCUAUGAGAGGUACAGCCUCCUUUAAGCAUGUUUAAAAGCAUUAAAAGCAUCUCCUACCUGUCUGUCCUGCAGCUUCCACCGUAUCUCUUUACAUCAUGUUGUAUGGCUGAAUUCGCUGGAUUCCUUUUCAGUUCCUGACAGCACAGAUCCGAACACUUGCUGUUUGAUAAAUUCCACAAUAACAAUAACAAUGUCAAUAACAACCGUGCAAGGCCAGGUACAUUUGUACAGAGCGCAAUUCUGAAAUGUAUACAAGCACAAUAGUGUCCCAUAGCAGGCUCUAGAGUAGUCUAUGUCUUCUCUUUAGCUAUAGACUCUAAAGGGGAUACACGAGUGAUCUGUUUUGUGCGCUAUUAAGUAGCCUGUCUAAUGCAUUGAUGCAUUACUGUGCAUAGUUUUGCAUGAGAUGAAACCGUUUUAGUAAGAUAUCUAUUUCAGAUCUAAAGUUCAGUACCAAAUUAGAAGCUACAUAUUGGAUGCUUAUUUGUUUAAAGCGUUAAAUAAAUAGAAAGCAGAAUGAUAUUCGUACUGAGAUAGUUUUUACGUAUUUUACGGAGUAUUUAUUUUAGGGGUACGCCUUGCUGAUUGAUGAGAUUUUUGCUAAGAUUAUGUCCAUGGCAGAAAAAAGAUAUAUAUUUCUUUUUGCUAGUAUAUUUCCACAAGAAAAAAAUUCUUUUGCUAGCUAUAUUUCCAUGUAGAAAAAAAAUAUUUCUGUAUAAUUGCUUGAUAUUUCAGUGGCUCAGUUUACAGAGGGAAAAUGGCAGAAAGAUCGAAUAAAAGUUUGGAGAACAAUUGUCAAUUUUUGUUUACCUCGAUCUGUUUACUCUGGAUCUUUUAAGCCUUGAGGGACCAACCAAUGUAAAUGUUUAUUUUGGGUUCAUGUUUUCCAACUAGCCAAUAAAGAAUGAUGCAUUA